AUUCAUGAAUGUCAAUUGUUUACUUUUCUCUAUGGUACCGCCCUCCAUUUGUGCUCCAUUUUGUUUAUGAUUCUGCAGUGUGGUUUCAGUAGCAUUAAUUUUUUUUAAAUAUAUAAUUUUCAAUGUUUCAAUAUAAGAAGUGAAAGUGUUUCAAAUAUAACUGAAGAAUGCAGACCGGUAGCGGAACUAAAAAUCCACCAUGGGCGCGAUCAAAUGUGAACACAAACAUGACCGGCAUGAAUCCCCAAAUAAUGGAUCCAAACGCCGCUAUGAUGUCACAACAAGGAAUGAUGCCCUUUCAACAAACUCAAGCAGUGUUUAAUCCAAAUAUGAUGCAAGCACAAGGUGGUAUGGCUAUGCCAAUGGCGGGCCAGAUGCCAAUGAACCAAAUGGCCCAAGGGCAAAUGUAUCCAGGAAAUGUUGUAGCGUAUCCCACGCCUCGGGCUAUGAACCCAAACAUGUAUCAAAACAACGCUUCUAACCAAAAUCAACAGACAAACGAACAACGAGUUUUCACAGGCACCGUGACAAAGACUCACAAUGAUUUUGGGUUUGUCGAUCACGAUGUUUUUUAUCAAACAUCUGUGUGCGUAAAAGGUUCUAUUCCAAAAGUUAAUGAUAGAGUAUUAGUAGAGGCCACCUAUAAUCCGAACAUGCCAUUCAAAUGGAAUGCUACGCGUGUUCAAGUAUUGCCAAAAGGAGGACCAAAUCAAAAAGUUAACCCACAAAAGACAAAUUCUUAUAACGCGGUACCACCGCCGUCUAACAAAAAAUCGAUGUUAUCACGUCGUGACGAUCGCAGGGAUGAUCGAGGCCCCCGGCGAGAUGACAGAAUAAAUGUUCCUAUGCCAAACAGGAAGAGAUCCCGUACCAGAAGUCGUUCUAGAUCUCGUGAGAGACGUGACAGUCGCAAUCGUAGGGACUCGCCUCCACGUAAACGUACUUUUGUCCAUCAGCCAUCUCCAGCGAAGUAUGUUGUUCGAAUGCCCAGAAUUCCUCUUGACAUACAAAAACUUGAUGUGCCUACAUUAUCGCAGAGAUAUACCAAUCUGUAUGUACCUUCAGAUUUCUUUAGUGCCUCCGUAAAGUGGGGUGAAACCUUCCCACCACAGGCACCAUUCUCUCUGAACAAUCCUUGUGCAUACCAUAUUAUGAGUAGAGAAGUUCUGGAUCCAAGUCCCAAUGAUGCUGUAUUAGAACCUCCUGAUGCAGAUUACAAAUUUUCAGCUAAGGUUAUGCUAAUCAGUAUGCCAACAUUAGAGAGUCUCUAUCAAAAGUGUGGUCUGACAAAAGUUGAUGAAAAGGACAAACGUACCAACAAAAUGCCUUUACAUCCUACUAGGUUGAUCAAAUUCCUUGUUGGGCAAAAGGGUAAGGGGGGAGAGAACUUUGCUAUAGGUGGGCCUUGGAGCCCUUCACUUGAUGGGGAAAAUCCAGACACUGAUCCAGGAGUUUUGGUUAAAACCGCUAUAAGGACUUGCAAAGCCCUAACAGGCAUUGACCUAUCCAGCUGCAUUCAAUGGUACCGAAUGGUGGAGUUUUACUACUGGCGCGAGGGCAGCGGCGGCAAAUCCCGACUUGAGUGUGUGGUGUUGUUCCUGCCGGACGUGUGGUCGGCUCAGCCGUCGCGCGUCGACUGGAGCACUGUUACGGACCACUAUAAGGCGGCCUGUGACGCGGCUUUGAAAAAACUAGACGGCGACCAAGAGAAGAGCUCCGGCAGCGAUGCGGCGCCGACUUCCGGACCCGAUGCAGUCAUAGAUGACACCAGUGCGACGGACAAAUCCCAAAUUGAGACCAAGGAUUUGGAUAAAAAUGACAGUACAAUUACUAUAGACGAAAAUGAUGAUGAUGAUGAGGGCAAACCAGAACCAACUCAUUAUUCUAAAAUUGAUCUGAGAACAAUUAAAGUUGAUCAAUUGAGACAAGAGCUUCGUGCACGAAACGUAAGCUGCAAAGGACUUCGCAGUCAACUAGUAUCCCGUUUAUCAAAACUGGUGAAGGGAGAAGAAGAAAAGGAUCAGAAGGGUGAUGAUAUCAUGGAGGUAGAAGAUGACGAUCAGGAGGAGAAGACCCCAGCAUCUGCCGACAAGCAGGAAGAUGAUAAAGAAAAAUCUUCUGCUGAUGAAUCGGUCGUCAUUGCUGAUGACAAAGAAGAGAAUGAAGAGAUGCCAGAUGCAGAAAAGGAUAAGAAGAGCAAAGAAACUGAAAAGAAAGAAAUUAACAGAGAAAAAGAUAAACCUGAAGAGAAGAAAGAGAAACUAAAAACCGAAAAAGAAAUUGAGGAAGAGAGGAAAAAGAUAGAAAAGGAGAAGGUGUCAUUGAAGGCGCGCUACGAGCUGCCUGCCAAUCCACACAUCAUUGUGCAUCCAUCGUCAACAGCCAAGGCGGGCAAGUUUAGCUGUAGCGUUGCCACUGUAUCGCUCCUGCUGGACUAUCGCAUUACUGACAACAAGGAACACAGCUUUGAGCUGUUCGUAUUCGCCGAGCUAUUCAAUGAGAUGCUGAUGCGUGACUUCGGAUUCUACGUAUACAAAACACUUUACACGUUGCCCGAGAAACCAGAGAAGAUAGAUGAAUCCAAAGAGAAAGAUAAGAGUGUAGAAAAAGUUGAUAAGAAAGUAGAUGACAAGAAGGAGGAGAAAAAGGAUGACAAAAAAGAAGACAAGGAUAAGAAAGACGAUAAGGAGAAAAAGGAUGAUAAGGAUAAAAGAGACGACAAGGAUAAAAAAGAUGAUAAAGACAAAAGAGACGACAAACGCGAUUUGCGGCGGCGAGAUAGACGGGAUUCGCACAGCGACGACGAACGCAGCCAGUCACCAAGGCGUCGCAGCCGCGGGGUCGACUUGCCGCCGGAUCCAUAUCUGCUCCUCUCGCUCGUGUAUUUCGACACCUCUCGCGGGGGCACCAUCACCCGCAAGGACCUUCAGAACCUCUUCAUGAGCCUUGGCCUCCAGCUAUCCCGGUCACAAGUGCGCAGCGUACUGGAAAAAGUGUGCAUUCGGGAAAAUUUCAGUUACAAGGUUCUUAUACAAGCAAUCAAAGAUCUGACAGCGGGCUCACAAGACGCGAUACAAGACUUGCCACUUGACGGCACUGUGGUUACCAACGAAGUACCACAACACAUUGCUGAGUUAGAGGCUACAAUCGCAGCGGGUAACAGAGACCUUCUGCCCGUAUUCAACAGAAACAGUGAUGAUGGUGACUCCUCAACCGGAACUAAAGAUGUCAGCAACAGUGGUGUAGUUAUGUACAAAUCGCGAUUGGUCGACGUUGGUGCGCUGGUGCUUGGAGCCUCACGCUGGGCGGGCGAACGCGCUCGUUUGGAGGCCGCGCUGAAGGACGCCGGUAACGCGCUCAAAGUCGCCCGGGCGACGGCUGCACGUACGCAAAACGCGGAGAGGGGCGCUCAAGUGCAACUGAACGACGUCUCCUCUGCGUUGAGUGCUGCUCGGACGAGGAUUGCUUCAUUGACGGCCAGCUCUAAGAUAUUCCAUUCCGCACUCAAGAGCAUCCAAUCAAAAGUAGAGGCUGUGGUCAACAUCAAAUACGAAGACGACGACGUUGUAGAAGUCUUCAAUGGACCUUUUAAAUCAGAGAGAGAAUUUAAACCAGUAGUAAUAGAAAAAAAAGAGGAUUUCAAUGAAUAUGUUGAUUAUAGCAAAGAUAAUAUUAUUGAAGAACAAGAUCAGAAGACUGAGAAAUUAUCAAUAGAAAGUAUAGAACCCACUCAAAACAAAGAAGCUGAUAUUAUCGCUUCAGAGAAUAUGGAUCUUGAAGAGAAGGAAUAACAUCACACUAUUUUGUACAUUUUGAAACUUCCAUAGUGUUAAGCUAAAAGACUAAAUUGGUUUAUAAUUGGUAUCAAUUGCAACUUCUUAACUAAUAGAGAGCCAUACAAUUUAACCAUUUAUAUAAUUCGUAGAUGUCUCCACUCAUUGUUAGGUAAAAUAUAUAAAAUUAAGGUUAGUUCAGAAUUUAAUAUGAUUAAUAUCACUGGUAUUAUUUUUUUAUACUGAUUACAAAUGGACCUGAGUUUGGAAAGAAAAUUAAAUUUCUAUCAUAAUUCUAAUUGGUCCUUAUUAGAUGGAAAGUUAACGAAAGAAAUGGGGUACGUCGUAAAAAAUAUGAAAAAACAAAACGACAAGUCUAAUCAUCAAGUUUAAAGACGUUUUGUCGACCCCACCUCCUAAGGGGAUAAGGGAAAGAAGAUAUGUGGACCUUUGAAUUAACUUAAUAGUUCUUAAAGUUAUGUGAUUGUACUCUUAAUUUACAUACAUUAUAUUGUAUAAGUAGGUAAGCUGCAAGUAUUGUACAACCAUACUUCAAAUGUGAGAUUGAAUUUUUUGUGUGAUUCUUUGGGGACGCAUGCAUGAACUCGCACAAACGUUGCUCAUGUGUGCGCUCCCUUAUUAGAAUAAGCUAUGGUAAUAAAAAAUAUCAAAAUUA